UUUGUUGUUGACAACUGUCAGCUUCAAACUCCUUCCACUCUACAGCCCCAGCCAAAUGGGGUUUGUAAUCCCCCUUCCCACCCACUCUCUUCACUCCCAGAGACAAGAAUGUUGACUCCUGCUCUCUGUCACCUGUCGGAAUCCAUCCUCCUGUCACUGGCUUAUAUGGACAAGUCAGCCCACUGUCACGUGACCCAAGCCGGCUAAAAACAGCUCCAGCACCCACUCCGAACCAGAGCCUGAAACAAUGUCCUCCAUGUAGAGAAACAUAAAGGACACUUGAGAACACAACCCUUGGAAUUCUUUCCAGGAAACACUACCAGGAGCCACUUGGAGCAUCCUUCCCUUGGCAGUGCACUCAGAGACGGCCAGGAGAUGAGUGCCUCUCUGAAUUACAAGUCUUUUUCCAAAGAGCAACAAACCAUGGAUAACUUGGAGAAACAACUGAUCUGUCCCAUCUGCCUAGAAAUGUUCACGAAACCAGUGGUCAUUCUCCCCUGUCAGCAUAACCUGUGUAGGAAAUGUGCCAGUGACAUUUUCCAGGCCUCUAACCCAUACUUGCCCACCAGAGGAGGCACCACCGUGGCAUCAGGGGGCAGAUUCCGCUGCCCCUCCUGUAGGCACGAAGUGGUUUUGGACAGACAUGGAGUGUAUGGACUUCAGAGGAACCUGCUGGUGGAAAACAUCAUCGACAUCUACAAGCAGGAGUCCAUCAGGCCAGAAAAGAAGUCCGAUCAGCCCAUGUGUGAAGAGCAUGAAGAAGAGCGCAUCAACAUCUACUGUCUCAACUGUGACGUGCCCACCUGCUCCCUGUGCAAGGUGUUUGGUGCUCACAAGGACUGCCAGGUGGCUCCCCUCACUCACGUGUUCCAAAGGCAGAAGUCGGAGCUCAGUGAUGGCAUUGCUGUUCUUGUGGGAAGCAACGAUCGAGUCCAAGGAAUAAUCAGUCAACUGGAGGACACUUGUAAGACUAUUGAGGAAUGCUGCAGAAAACAGAAACAAGACCUUUGUGAGAAGUUUGAUUACCUAUAUGGAAUCUUGGAGGAGAGGAAGAAUGAAAUGACUCAAGCUAUCACCCGAACCCAAGAGGAGAAACUAGAACAUGUCCGUGCUCUCAUCAAGAAGUAUUCCAGUCAUUUGGAGAAUGUAUCAAAGUUGGUUGAGUCAGGAAUUCAAUUCAUGGAUGAGCCAGAAAUGGCGGUGUUUUUGCAGAAUGCCAAAACCCUGUUACAAAAAAUCUCAGAGGCAUCAAAGGCAUUUCAGAUGGAGCAAACAGAACAUGGUUAUGAGAACAUGAGCCACUUCACAGUCAACCUCAAUAGAGAGGAAAAGAUAAUACGUGAAAUUGACUUUUACAGAGAAGAUGAAGAUGAAGAAGGAGAAGGAGGAGGAGGAGGAGAAAGAGAAGAAGGAGAGGAAAUAACAGAAGUGGAAGAGAUGGAACGUGUGCAAAUAGAAUCAUCAGAAGAUGAAAGUCCAGAAAAGUCCUCAGAGUCCUCAGAGUUGGCCUUGGAGCCCAAGGCUGCCCCAGGGGCACUUUCCUCUCUAGAGCCACCUCCAACCCUGCCACCUGCUGCAGAUGCCCCAGUGACACAGGGGGAGGUUGUGCCCACAGGCUCUCAGCAGAGCACAGAGUCUGAAACUCCAGUCCCUGAAGCAGCGGAAACUGCGGAUCCCUUGUUUUACCCUAGUUGGUAUAAAGGCCAAACCCGGAAAGCCACCAGCAACCCACUUUGCACCCCAGGGAGUGAAGGUCCGGGGCAAAUAGGGUCUCCAGGUUCUGAGAAUUCGAAUGUGCAGAUGGCAGAAAUGGCAGACUCUGCAGCCAAUGAGAGGGCAUCAGUGAGUGGUAAGGAAACUAGUUCACCUGCAGCUACUUCUCAGAUUGGAUGUGAGGCCCCUCCUCUCCAGCGACACGCUGCAGCUUCAGACAGUGGGGAUGGAGCUGAUUCUGAGCCAGCUCGUCAUGUCUUCUCCUUCUCCUGGUUGAACUCCCUCAAUGAAUGAUGUUCAUUCCAACUGCUGCCCCUCUGCUCACCUGCCUGUGAUGUGCACAGGCAGUAAGGAACCUAGGGGAAAUUAACAAACAGCAAUGAUCAGUGGGACCUCCAGACAAAAUUUCUGAAAGAAGAAAAAGAGACUUUAAUUCCAGAUGACUUACCUAACAUUGAGGAAGAGGAAUUUCUUUCAGAAAAUAAUUGCAGAAAGCAGUGGAAUAAAAGACACUAGAUAUUAUUAAAAUCUUUUGUUGUGUGGGAAACACUAUAAAGAGUGUGUAGGUGUGAUAUUGUGUGCAUCAGUUAAAAGUGGCAAGUGUUCAACAAAGUAAGCUCUAUACUCUCAUCUUGAAUAGACACUGACUUUUUUGUUAUCAUAAUAGCGCUUAUUUCCUAUUUUUAACAAUGCAGGUGAUCAGUAAAAUUCAGUGUCAAUUCAAAAGUGACUGGUUUAUCAAUAUACAUAGACAAAAAAGAAAUCAUUGACCAAAGCUUCUAAAAUUACUUGCUAAGUUUUCUCCUUUUCUGUAAGAUGUUACUGAAUAUACAUCCAGAAAUGUUGUUUGAAUUUAAUGAAAUUUUUAAGCCCAGAAGGCUGAAAGCUUAGGACAUCUCUUGUGAUAUGUUUCUAAUCUUAGUUCUAGAUGUUCUUAUAUCAAAUUCUUUAACUGAAAAAUAUCUUCCAGUAGAAACUGUCUACUUUCUCAUGUGUUCACUGUGGCACCAAUCUGGAAAACUGUAGAACAAAUAUAUCAUAUCACUUAUUAUAAAUAUUUAAAUCUUAUUUUAUUUGCCCCUCCCAUGAUGCCUCCUUCAGAACGUAUGUGUAAUUGUGCUCUGUGUAGACUCUCAAAUAAAUGCUGUUUUUAAAAAUUUA